AUGGCCGGAAAGGAAAAACGGUUGAGAGUGAGAGAACGUGUGAGAGUGUAUGGUGUGCUGGCCAGCAAGUACAAGGAAGAGAGAGCUGCUGGGUUUGGAGCCCAGGUGGACGCCUUCACAUUGAGGAAGUUCUGUGAAAGGGAAUGGCCAGCCUUUGAGGUUGGCUGGCCUGAGACGGGAAGUCUCGACCUGGGAAAGUGCACGGCAGUGCACGAUGUGAUCUUUGGGAAUCCCGGGCACCCUGACCAAAUGCCAUAUAUUGAGAUCUGGAUGAGUAUUGCUAAUGAUAAACCAAGGUAUCUGCGGGAGUGUCAGGGCGACUCCAAAGGAAAAAAGAAGGUCAAAAGCAGGUCGAGAGUGUUGGUGAUCAAGGGCACGAAGGGGGAUAGAUUCCCUAGGAGGCCUACAGCUCCUCCUGUCCUCCCCACUAAGCCCGAAUCCCCCAUACGACUGAAAAAGAGGAGGGAUGAGAACCCUCCACCGUAUGCUGGCACUUCAGGGGCUACCACUCCUGAACCCGGUUCCACUUCUGGGUUGCCAUCAGGAGUCCUGAGCCCACCUCAUACCAGAGCAGGAACUAUGUUUGGGUCAGAGUCCACACCAGUCGGGACUUUUCCUUUACGGGAGGUGGGGGAAUUAGAUAUGUCAGGACGGCCCCUCCGAACUUAUGUCCCGUUUAGCACUUCUGACUUGUAUAAUUGGAAGAAUCAAAACCCUCCUUUCUCUGUAGACCCAGAAGGGGUGGCAACUCUACUUGAGUCAGUUUUUUACACUCAUCAACCUACUUGGGAUGAUUGUCAGCAGCUGCUGAGUACCCUAUUCACUCUAGAAGAAAGGGAGAGAAUUAAAAUCGAGGGAAAGAAGCAGGUCCGGGAUAAAAAGGGAGAGCCUCCCACUGACCAGGACGUGGUGGAGGAGGUGUUCCCCCAAUCCCGACCUAAGUGGGACCCCAACACAAGCACCGGGUAUGAGGCCCUCACCAGGUACCGCCAGACUCUAUUAAGGGGUAUCCGGGCUGCGGGUCGGAAACCCACCAAUCUGUCUAAGGUGACUGAGUGUAAGCAGGGUGCAGACGAGAGUCCGACUGCCUUCUUGGAGAGGUUGUACCAGGUAUAUCGAACCUGGACGCCCAUAGAUCCCAAAGCCCCUGAGAAUGUGCAGGCAGUCGCCCUCCAGUUUGUGGCCCAAUCCGCCCCAGAUAUUAGGAAGAAGUUGCAGAAGUUAGAGGGUUUUGAGGGGAAAUCUCUCUCGGAGCUGUUGGCUGUAGCACAGAAGGUUUUUGAUAAUAGAGAGGACCCCGCGAAAGCCACUCUGGAACUGAAUAAGAAGAUGGCACAGGUCCUUUUGGCUAGGGAAAUAGGAAAUAGAGAGGAAAGAGGGAGGUAUGUGAGAGAAAAAGGGCAGAUGAAGGGAAAAGAUAAACCCCUGAGAGGACUGAGAAAGACUCAGUGUGCCCUAUGCAAGGAAGAAGGGCACUGGAGGAAAGAAUGUCCAAAAAGAAAAGAAGAGGAAGGAAAGAGAAUGGGGAAGGAAGCCCCCCUCUUACCUAGGGUAAAACUCGCGGUAGAGGGGAAAGUAAUUAAUUUUUUGGUGGAUACCGGGGCCACCCACUCAGUACUUCAACAACCAAUUGGACCCACCGGAAGAGAUAAGGUUAAGAUUAUAGGAGCCACUGGGGAAGCAAGGAGUUAUCCAAAGUCCAUAGGAAGAGUCGCUGGCCCUGGCCUGAAGACUAUUACUCACUCUUUCCUGGUGAUACCCGAGUGCCCUGAGCCACUAUUAGGUAGGGAUCUCCUUCAUAAGCUACAGGCCACCAUUUCCUUUGAGACAAAUGAAGGACCAAUAGUACAAGCAGGUGGCCGAAUUUUGCUCACCAUGCCGGUAAGGGAGGAAUAUCGUCUCUAUGAAGCACCACAGAAUGUAGGCAACCCGGACUUAUUAACAAGGUGGAAGCGGGAGAUUCCAAGAGUUUGGGCCGAGACCAACCCCCCAGGGUUGGCUAAACAUGUGACCCCCAUAAUAGUCCAAUUGGUCAGCACUGCCACCCCAGUCCGAGUCCGGCAGUAUCCCAUGAGUCGGGAAGCCCAGCAUGGUAUCAGGAACCAUAUUAGACGCCUAAAAGAGGCUGGUAUCUUGGUGCCCUGCAAGUCAGCCUGGAAUACACCCCUUCUCCCGGUCCGAAAGCCUGGAACGAACGACUUCAGACCAGUGCAAGAUCUGCGAGAGGUAAAUAAGAGGGUAGAGACCAUUCAUCCCACAGUUCCCAACCCUUAUACUCUCCUCAGUCUACUGUCGCCUGAUCGAACCUGGUAUAGCGUCCUAGAUUUGAAAGAUGCCUUUUUCAGCCUCCCCUUGGCCCCACAGAGCCAACCUAUCUUUGCCUUUGAAUGGACAGACCCCGAGGAAGGUGAGUCAGGACAACUAACUUGGACCCGACUUCCCCAAGGUUUUAAAAACUCUCCGACCUUGUUUGAUGAAGCCCUAAGCAAGGACCUACUGACCUUCCGAAGUGAGCACCCUGAGUGCAGCCUCCUACAAUAUGUGGACGAUCUGCUGAUCGCUGCCUUAUCUCGAGAGGAUUGCGAAAUGGCAACCAGAGACCUACUCGAGGUACUGGGGAACUUGGGGUACCGGGUAUCGGCCAAAAAGGUUCAGCUGUGUACCCAAGAAGUAACCUACCUGGGCUACCAAAUUAAAGAAGGACGAAGGGCCCUGUCUGAGGGAAGAGUCCAGGCUAUCCUAAAGAUCCCGACCCCCACUACCAAGAGACAGGUCCGGGAAUUCCUGGGAGCGGUAGGCUACUGUAGGCUAUGGAUCCCAGGGUUCGCUGAACUAGCAAAGCCCCUCUACACCGCCACUGGAGGGGGCGACACUCCUUUGAAAUGGACUGAGAUGGAGGAAAGGGCUUUCCAGGCACUGAAGGAGUCCCUGGUAAGUGCCCCAGCUCUAGGUCUCCCAGACCUGAACAAACCGUUCCAGCUGUUUGUAGCAGAAAGUGCUGGUGUGGCUAAGGGAGUACUCACUCAAACCCUGGGGCCCUGGAAGAAGCCUGUCGCCUACCUGUCUAAACGACUGGACCCAGUAGCGGCCGGAUGGCCUGGAUGUCUGAGGACAGUGGCAGCAGCCGCCCUACUGGUGAAAGAGACUACCAAACUAACUUUUGGGCAGACCCUAGAAAUCACCACAGCCCACAAUCUUGCCAGCUUACUUCGCUCCCCUCCGGACCGAUGGAUGACCAAUUCUCGGGUCACCCAUUAUCAGGUACUGUUGUUGGACCCACCCCGCAUUACUUUCAAACAGACUGCAGCCUUAAAUCCAGCUACCUUGCUCCCCAACCCAGAGGAAGACGCCACCCAUGACUGUGGAGAAAUCUUGGAAGCCCUGACCUCAUUGAGAGCUGACCUGACGGACGUCCCGCUACCAGACGCACAGGAAACCCUCUACACGGAUGGGAGCAGCUUUGUGGAAGACGGCGUACGGUAUGCAGGUGCCGCGGUGGUCACCAGCCGGGAGGUCUUGUGGGCUGCAUCCUUGCCACAAGGGACAUCAGCCCAAAAGGCGGAGCUGAUAGCACUCAUUCAAGCACUCAAGUGGGGAGCAGGGAAAAAGAUAAAUGUGUACACCGACAGCAGGUAUGCUUUUGCCACCGUCCAUGUCCAUGGGGCACUAUAUCAAGAGAGAGGACUGCUGACGGCUGGGGGAAAAGCUAUCAAGCAUGCUCAGGAGAUACUGGCCCUGCUAGCAGCUGUUUGGGGGCCAGAGAGGGUUGCUGUCAUCCACUGUAAGGGACACCAGAAGGAUGACUCAGAAGUCUCGCGAGGCAAUCGGUUGGCAGACCAGACAGCUAGGGAAGCGGCCCAAAGACUAGUGGGGACCACGGCCCAACUGGUGGUGGCUACCCCUAUACCAGGAGAAGUGACAAAAGGACAGAAACCAGUGUACUCGAAACAGGAAGAGGAGAUGAGCCAGAGACUGGGGGGGAGAUUAAAUGAGGAAGGAUGGAUCGUCCUCCCGGAUGAUAGGAUUCUAUUACCCCAGCCACUGGGAAGACAGGUGGUCUCUCAAACGCACCAAGGUACCCAUUUUGGGGGAAACAAAUUAGCUGAACUGAUCAGUAAAUUUUAUUUGAUAAUUGGUUUGCACAGGAUCUCCCAGAGUGUGAUUGUGUAUGGUAAACUGCCAACCUUGGUGCCCCGGGUUGAGACUGAAAAAUUGGCCGAAGUGUCACGGGGCAGACUCCUCAAGUCCCUACAGGCCUUGCAGGUGGUGCGAGGAAAAGCCAGAGCCGCCGUCCGGGACGAAAAGCCUGGGACCCGGAGGGAGGAAAGCCGAGGCCAAGUCCCCUUGUUCGAGCCUGGUGAUUCCGUACUGGUGAAGAAGCUGCAUCCUGACCAUCUCGAAGCCCGGUUGCCGGGAAACGACACUGGAUUCAUCAUACUCGCCUGA